AUGUCGCCUAUUCACCUCCGCACCCACAGGGCAGCUCUGGCCCGCGGGGUGGCUCCCUCACCCAAGCCCGUGUUCAACACCCGGUCUCUCGGCCGGACAACUGUGCCCAUGGCCGCCAGCAGUGAGUCGUCUGACCUGGCCAAACUUGCUGAGGCCGCCACCGCCAAGGGCAAGGAGUAUGCCGCCAAGGCCCAGGAGGCGAUCAAGUCGGUUGAUGUUGACAAGAUCAAGCAACAGGUGUCGGGGCUCAGCGCCACCAACCUAAGGGCCGCGCUGGACAGCGCCCUGGCCCUGUACGGCAAGUACGAUGGCGACGGGGACGGCAAGCUGGAGAUCGGGGAGGCCGUGGCCCUGCUCAACAGCGAGAACGUGACCGCUGCCGUUGAGAAGCUGACUGGGCAGCCCCACACCCAGCGCACCGAGGCCGACAUCAAGAAGUGGUUCAACCGCGCCGACUUUGACAAGAGCUCCACCCUGUCCAAGCGCGAGUUUGCCGUGCUCUACACGGGCCUCAUCGUGGACAAGGCCAAGGGCGGCCUGCAGGGAUUCGCGACGGCCGCCAUCUCCGCCCUGGACAGCGACAACGACGGCAUCAUCAACUCUACUGAGCUCAAGGCCCUGCUGGCGAGCGGCCCCCUGGCGGUGGUGGUCAACGUGAUCCCAGACGGCAAGGAGGUCAACUACAGGGAGCUGCUCUCCAAGCUGCCCGGCGGCGCCAAGUAG